GUGGCCGCACUCGCCAGCUGGCCCAUGGCCCUAUCCGACUCCCCUCCCUCCACCCCAAGCCUAAAGGGGUGAGCGCGGGGUCCCACUGCUGAGCCAGCUCCCUCCCUCUGAUCCACACCCGAGCCUGGCUGGCGGAGCUCCCGGGGGAGAGGGUGGAAGGCACCACCAAGGCAAGGAGGGGGUGUGGGAGGCGGGGGGAGUGGGGAAUGCGGCAGCCUGGCCCCCCCGCGACCAGCCCAGCCCCCCGCCAAACCCCCUCCACCUCCAACCAAAUGGUUUGCUCCGAGCGCCCUAUUUAAUCCCCGCGACUGCAGCAGCGCCGGCUCCCUCCCGGUCCCCACCUCGGCCCCGGGCUCCAAAGCGGCUCGGGGGCGCCCUUUCGGUCAACAUCGUAGUCCACCCCCUCCCCAUCCCCAGCCCCCGGGGAUUCAGGCUCGCCAGCGCCCAGCCAGGGAGCCGGCCGGGAAGCGCUAUGGGGGCCCCAGCCGCCUCUCUCCUGCUCCUGCUGUUCGCCUGCUGCUGGGCGCCCGGUGGGGCCAACCUCUCCCAGGACGACAGCCAGCCCUGGACAUCUGAUGAAACAGUGGUGGCUGGUGGCACCGUGGUGCUCAAGUGCCAAGUGAAAGAUCACGAGGACUCAUCCCUGCAAUGGUCUAACCCUGCUCAGCAGACUCUCUACUUUGGGGAGAAGAGAGCCCUUCGAGAUAAUCGAAUUCAGCUGGUUACCUCUACUCCCCACGAGCUCAGCAUCAGCAUCAGCAAUGUGGCCCUGGCAGACGAGGGCGAGUACACCUGCUCAAUCUUCACUAUGCCUGUGCGAACUGCCAAGUCCCUUGUCACUGUGCUAGGAAUUCCACAGAAGCCCAUCAUCACCGGUUAUAAAUCUUCAUUACGGGAAAAGGACACAGCCACCCUAAACUGUCAGUCUUCUGGGAGCAAGCCUGCAGCCCGGCUCACCUGGAGAAAGGGUGACCAGGAACUCCACGGAGAACCAACCCGCAUACAGGAAGAUCCCAAUGGUAAAACCUUCACUGUCAGCAGCUCGGUGACAUUCCAGGUUACCCGGGAGGAUGAUGGGGCGAACAUCGUGUGCUCUGUGAACCAUGAAUCUCUAAAGGGAGCUGACAGAUCCACCUCUCAACGCAUUGAAGUUUUAUACACACCGACUGCAAUGAUUAGGCCAGACCCUCCCCAUCCUCGUGAGGGCCAGAAGCUGUUGCUACACUGUGAGGGUCGUGGCAAUCCAGUCCCCCAGCAGUACCUAUGGGAGAAGGAGGGCAGUGUGCCACCCCUGAAGAUGACCCAGGAGAGUGCCUUGAUCUUCCCUUUCCUCAACAAGAGUGACAGCGGCACUUACGGCUGCACAGCCACCAGCAACAUGGGCAGCUACAAGGCCUACUACACUCUCAACGUUAAUGACCCCAGUCCGGUGCCCUCCUCCUCCAGCACCUACCACGCCAUCAUCGGCGGGAUCGUGGCUUUCAUUGUCUUCCUGCUGCUCAUCAUGCUCAUCUUCCUCGGCCACUACUUGAUCCGGCACAAAGGAACCUACCUGACACAUGAGGCGAAAGGCUCCGACGAUGCCCCAGACGCGGACACGGCCAUCAUCAAUGCAGAAGGCGGGCAGUCGGGAGGGGACGACAAGAAGGAAUAUUUCAUCUAGGGGUGCCUGCCCACUUCCUGCGCCCCCCAGGGGCCCCGUGGGGACUGCUGGGGCCGUCACCAACCCGGACUUGUACAGAGCGACCCCAGGGCCGCCCCUCCCGCUUGCUCCCCAGCCCACCCACCCCCCUGUACAGAAUGUCUGCUUUGGGUGCGGUUUUGUACUCGGUUUGGAAUGGGGAGGGAGGAGGGCGGGGGGGAGGGGAGGGUUGCCCUCAGCCCUUUCCGUGGCUUCUCUGCAUUUGGGUUAUUAUUAUUUUUGUAACAAUCCCAAAUCAAAUCUGUCUCCAGGCUGGAGAGGCGGGAACCCUGGGGUGAGAAAAGCAAAAAACAACAACAAAAAAACAAAACCCUGGAGUGUUAGGAGGACAGUGCAGGUAGAGGGGUGAGGAAGGGUAAGGGGCAGGGCUGGUUUGGAGCUGGGGGCCCUCACCAGCCCUCCUUUCAGCCUCUACAACAGAGCAGCUUCCCAGACCUCUCCAGGAACCCAGAAACGGGAUGGUUCUCGGCAAAGGUUGGGAUUGGCUUUCCCUCUGGUAGCCACACACCUGAGCACUACGGACAGGGAGGCAGGUGCCACCCUGACACCCCUCUUCAAUAGCAAUGGGAAAGUGAUGAGUGGGGGAGUCCUGAGGAGAUGUGGCCUGCAGAAGACACGCAGCCAUGCAGGGACCCAGGGCUUUAACCUGGGGAGGAUGCAGGUCCCUGCAAGGAAGAGUAGAUUUGGAGAGGAAGGAUGGAGGUGGACUAUCGCCCCAUUCCCCCAGCAAAUGAACAAAGCUGGGCCCUUUCCAUAGGAACUGCCCUUGGAGAUAGCAGAGUGUGGCUGCCCCUCCUUGCUCCAGCAGCUGUGGGAGAGGCACUGCUCUGGGGCCUGAACUGCCUCUGCUUCCCCCGCUGAGGGGCCCCUCACUCUUACCCAAGACUCUGGAUUGUUGCACGGCAACCACUCCUCCCAUGGCAUUGCUCAGCAACUACUCCUCCCAUCCUGGCCGCCCUGUGCCCCCUUCCUGAUCCCAACGCCAGCCCUUAGUCCUUCCUCCCUCAGCAGCCAGGCAGACAUAACAACAAAACUACUAAAAGGAGCUUCACUGCA